AUGGAUCCGGCUGGAGUAGGCAGUACCUCAGACGAAUGCGUAGAUCAAGUUCGUGAGGAGAGGGAUCUCACAGAGUUGGUCGGGGAGAAUGUGGGCUAUGCCACUGAUUCAAUCACGUUUGUUUCAGCCGGAAAAAUCGUUGGAAUCCUGUCCAACAAUGACCCAAACUCGGACGGGGCCGGUAUCCAUUGGUUACCAGACCUAGUUGUACUGUUUGCAUGUUUAUGUGUGUAA